AAGUGCACAAAACCAAAACGAAUAUUUGAAGUUUCAGAAGAGCUCCUUCGUACAUUCUUCAUUCGUGUUUUUAACGAAAAACUGAAAACCAUGGCGAUGCGAGUCGCUGCCUUCGUUGGACGAGAAGGAAUCGUCUCUCUGUCUUCACUUCCUCGAAAUCUCAAUGUCAGAAUCAGAAGCCCUGUCUCUGCUGCUGCCUUUGCUGAUCACAGAAUUCCAUAUCUUCGUACCAGACCUGAGGUUAGGUACCUAGUUCGCGCCAUACAGGAGGCUGCGGUGGAUCAGAAGGUUACAAAUAGUGAAAAUGACCAAUCAUCUCAACCAUGGAAGAUUAAAAUGCUUUAUGAUGGAGAUUGCCCACUUUGUAUGCGCGAGGUCAACAUGCUUAAAGAGAGGAACAAGCUGUAUCAAGCAAUUAAAUUUGUUGAUAUAGGUUCUGAUGAAUACUCUCCAGAGGACAAUCAAGGCCUCGACUACAGAACGGCUAUGGGCAGAAUCCAUGCUAUCCUGUCUGAUGGAACUGUUGUCACAGAUGUAGAAGCAUUCAGAAGACUCUAUGAAGAAGUUGGCCUGGGAUGGAUUUAUGCCAUUACGAAAUACAAGCCUAUUGCAAUUAUGGCUGACGUAAUAUAUGGUGUUUGGGCAAAGUAUCGCCUGCAAAUUACAGGUCGGCCUUCAUUAGAAGUUAUUUUGGAGGAACGAAAGAAAAGUAUGGUAUGCAUACUGCAACUACCUGAAUAUUAUUAUGAUAAAUUGUUUAAUAAAAAAUUGAAAUGGUUGCUUGAACUGCAUUGUAAAUAUGUUUAAUUGGGUGAAACAUGCAACGAUAGCAAGACAUGUAAGAUGUGAGCUCUCUUAAUAGUACUAUAAAACUCUCAAGGAUGACAUGCUUUUUAAGGGACCUGGCACGCGUGCUGCUUUGUUGGAGGACUCAAGUAACUUAAUGCCAGUGAGUUUCAGUUAUGCAUCCCAAAGUAUCUACAUGUACAAUUCUGCUUAUUUUUCUUUUUGGGGAUUUCAUAUCAGUGCAUUCUAGUGAUCAAUUUUUCUGAGGCCCCU